AUGAAAAAGGGGCUAAUAGAAACAGGAGUGAAAGUAUCCUUUGGUGUUUUGGGCGUUUUAUACUUUUUUUAUUUGAAACGAUUUGUGACACAAGAAUGGGAUAUAUAUCAAGUAAAGAAAAAAGAAAGAGACAUUAGUAUGAAUAAAAUUAAAAUUCUUGAGGAUAAUGAAAAUGUCAAAUGUAUUUUAGACGAGGAAAGAAAUAAAAAGAAAUAUAUUAGAACGUUUGACUAUAAGGAUGGCAGAUGA